UGUUAAAUGUCGACGUAGGAAGCCCUAUUCCCAAGUAUUUGUUUUCUUUUAAUAUCUCACAUUUAUAACAAUUUUAUCCAAUUUUGCUGCUCCUGAGUAAAGCUGUUAAUGUACCUUAAGAAGUAACCAAAACUUGUAUCAAUACUUAUCAUGUGUGUGGUCAUCAAUUUGGACGUUGUAUGCCUGGUGUGUUUGCAUCAUUCUGCCGAAAUGCAUAGCAUUUUUGGGACGACGGGGUCGUCGGAUGAAAACGACCCAACGAUAGCCCAAAAGAUAUCCACAUUGUCAAAACUGAAAGUGGAUUCCAAGAAUGAACAUUUGCCAGAAAAACUAUGUGAUGGUUGUCUAAAGGAUUUGAAUGCUGCCUGGAGGUUUCAUAAGAAUUGUCAAACUGCUGUGGCUGUCUUUCAGAGUAUUCUAAAACCAAUUUUGCAGUUGCAAGAACAACCCAAAGAGGGUAGGUUGCCAGAUAAGCAGGAUGCAGAAGAAAAUUGUAAUGAGCCCACCUCAAGCGGACAACAAUCACAAGAAAUGACAAUUAAGGACAUUUUUGAAGAGGAAGAACCAUCACAACAUCAGCUAACAGCAGUGGUUGAGGCAAACGAAGAAAAUGCCAUUCUUGAAUCUAUGGCUGUGGAUGCCGACGACUUAAAGUCUGUCAAGGAUGUUUCUAGCAAUAGUUUUGGGGAAUUGAAAAGGUGUAUUUUGGAAGAAGAAAACGAAGAUUGUCAAUCUGUGGAUGAAACUCAAGGCCUUGUAGAGUACUAUUUAACAGAUGAAAAUGUUAAUGAAAACAACGAAGAGAAAAUCAGCAAAGAACAGCCCUCCCACAGUUUGAGAAAUAAAAAAGAUGUUUCAACAAUAGCAUCUAAAAGAGUGGUUUUCAACUCUGUGAGGGAGGAAACAAAAUCAAUGCCUUCAACCACAACAACAACCAGAAGAAUGACUCAUCAAACACUGAACAAAAAUCACCAGGAAAGGAAAUCAGAAGGACCAGAAGCUGUUAAAUGUACAAAACCUGUUAGGAGGCGACAGAAUCAACAAGUCCCGUCGAAGGAGUCACAACAACAGAACUCCAACCAGCAGAUUGAUUCCGAAGACAAUGCCAACCAAAAUCUAAGCAAUGAUGAAUCGGAACCAAAGUCGCGUAAACGUAAGAUGACCUCAGCGGGUACAAAGGCUCCAAAAAUAUGUGAAAUAUGCGGUAACUCGUAUCGCUUUCAACAUGCUCUCAAUGCCCAUAUGCGACGCCAUUACGAUGAUAAACCUUUCCCAUGUGAAAUGUGUUCCAAGGCAUUCGUUUCCAAUGUGGAACUGCGUCGCCAUAUGCGAGUACACACAGGACAAAAACCCUAUGCCUGCCAGUAUUGUGAUCGUCGUUUUUCCGAUUAUGGAUCGCGCAUUAAGCACGAACGCACACAUACCGGCGAAAGACCAUACGUUUGCACAACAUGCGGCAAAUCAUUUGCUUAUCCACAUGUUUUGUCCGUACAUCUGAGAACGCACACCGGCGAAAAGAAAUUCAAAUGUAGCUAUUGUCCAAAAGGAUUUACCAAAAAGGCAUAUCUGUUGACCCAUAUGGAUACGUAUCAUAGUAACAAUGUUGGAGAUGUGACAACAUAUGAAUUGACGCUGGAGGACGAUGAUGGGGAUACGGUUGAAACGGAUAAUGAACAAUUAGCUGAUGCCAUUUUUACACCUGAUUUCAUUAAUGAUGAACAUGAGCAGGAAAGUGGCCAGAUUCAAAAAAGUGAAGAAGAAAUUGAAACCGGCGAUGAUGAUGAGAAUAACCGAAGCGACCAAAUGACAGUACCAAAAUCACUUUUACGUCUUAAAGCCGAGACCGAAGGCGAAGAUGAUACAGAUGUACAGGAAGUAGAAAUCCAUUUGGAUGAAUACACCAUAAGAGUACGUUAAGUUAUGAAAAAAUUUGUUCAAUUUAAAUAUAAUUGAUAUUUUUCUUAGUGUAAAUAAACUAUUGGUAUGUUAAAUCGA